AUGUCACCCACAGAACUGGCCCUGGGGAUAUUCUUCAUGACCCAGACAGCACUGGGAAUGCUGGGUAAUUCAGCCUUGCUUUGCUGUUUUAUCGUUGGUGAAUUCUCUAGGAUCAGACCCAGGCCUACAGACCUGAUUGUCAAACACCUGACUGGGGCUAACUUCCUGGUUCUUCUCUGUAAAGGGAUCCCACAGACAAUGGCUGCUUUUGGUCAGACACAGUUUCUUGAUAACAGUGCAUGUAAACUUCUUUUUUAUUUUCAUAGAGUGGUCAGAGGAGUGUCCCUUGGUUCCACAUCACUCUUAACUUUCUUCCAGGCCAUCAUGGUCACUCCAAGGAAUGUCAAGAACAUAUAUUUCAAAUCCAGAGCCCCCAAUAUCAUUGGACCUUCUGUCAGCCUAUGCUGGUUCUGUCAACUGAUGGUAAAUGGCUUCAUUCCUGUGUUCAUUAUAGACAUGCACAAUGGAAGAAACUGCACAGGCAUUAGAGAUUUUCUAUACUGUGCUGUGGCCAAAUCUCAAAAUGUAAAGCCUAACAUAUAUGCUAUCUUAUUGAGCUCUUUUGAUGUCAUGUUUUUGGGAAUCAUGAUUUGGGCCAGUGGAUCCAUGGUGCUUUUUCUGCUUAAGCACAAGCAGAGGGUCCAAAACAUUCACAGAGUUCAUUGUCUUAUGUCAUCUCCUGAGAUCAGAGCCACCCAAACCAUUCUUGUCAUGGUGAGCAGUUUUGUGUUCUUUUAUACAACAUCUGGCAUCUUAACCCUGUGUUUAACCUUUGUCAAUGGACCCACUAGGUGGCUGGUCAAUGCCAGUGUGGCCACUGCUGCGUGCUUUCCAGCAUUGUGCCCUUUUCUUCUCAUCAGACACUACACAUCAGUUUCCUGCCUCUGA